GGUUUGUUUCUGCCAAGAUGGCGGCGGCACGAGCGGCUUUCUCCCAGAGCCGGUUCCGGGGCUGCUUGUUAGGGGCGCUGCUGGGCGACUGCCUCGGCGGGGGCUUCGAGGCCCGUGAGUCGGUCAGCCUGACGGAGCUGCUGCAGUUCGUGGGCACCCUCCAGCCGCCCCGGCCGGCCUCCGAGGAAGAAGUCCUCAUCUAUAGUGAUGACACAGCCAUGACCCACUGUGUGGUGAAGUCACUACUGGCCAAGCGGGACUUUGAUGAAGUGGAUAUGGCAAAGCGUUUCGCUGAGGAAUACAAGAGAGACCCUGACCGGGGCUAUGGAGCUGGUGUGAUUACAGUCUUCAAGAAACUCCUCAGCUCCAAAUGCAGAGAUGUAUUUGAACCAGCAAGAGAGCAGUUUAAUGGGAAAGGCUCCUAUGGAAAUGGUGGUGCAAUGAGAGUGGCAGGCAUCCCACUAGCUUACUCCAAUAUUCAAGAUGUGAAGAAGUUUGCUAAGCUGAGUGCUCAGUUGACCCACUCAAACUCCUUGGGCUAUAACGGAGCCAUACUCCAGGCUUUGGCUGUCCACUAUGCUCUCCAGGGGGGAUUGAACCGGGAGGAGUUUCUGGAACAGCUGAUAGGCCACAUGGAGGAGGUGGAAGGUGAUGACAAGUCUCUCGCUGAUGCCCGAUUGGUGGGCUAUGAGGAAUUGCCCUUCUCAAAGCGCCUAAAAAAGAUCAAGGAAUUUUUAGAGAAGAGCAGUGUGCCAAAAUCGGAUGUGGUGGGAGAAUUAGGCAACGGCAUUGCAGCUCUGCACUCUGUCCCUACUGCCAUCUAUUCCUUCCUGCGCUGUAUGGAAUCCCAUCCAGAUAUCCCUGAGGAGUACAACAGCCUGCAACGGACCAUUAUCUACUGUAUCUCACUAGGUGGGGACACAGACACCAUUGCAACCAUGGCCGGGGCAAUUGCCGGAGCAUAUUAUGGGGAAGAGCAGGUGCCCCAAAGUUGGAAGAACAACUGUGAAUCUUCUGAGGAAACAGAGAUGUUGGCUGACAGCUUGUAUGAUCUGAACUGCAGAUGAGAGAAUUGGAAUCCAGUGUACAGGUCUUCUUUCAUGUUUGAAAGAGAUUGGAAGAAGCUGGGCCUCACAGCGGGAGCUCACCCCACUCCCCGGAUUUGAACCAUCAACCUUUCGGUCAGUGAUUUAACCUGCUGUUCCACCAGGGGCUCCAUGGUUAGUAUAGACUCAUUUAAUGCAGUUUAACUACAAUUGAACUGGAUUAUAUGACAAUAUAAUGCACUUCAGUUUGCAUUAUAAUAGCAGUGUAGAUGGUGCUUUAGAAUCUGAUUUUCUCACAAGUCUUUGAAAAGAGUAUGUGCUGCCUUUAAUUUUUUAAAAAAAUAUUUCAUGUUUGAUUUGUAUGAAUCAUUAAACCUGAUGGUGAUAAAUGUAAAAUAAAUUUUGGUUGCUGACUGUAUAAGCUAGGAGGCCAAAUGGGAUGCAUUCUGCUGCGUUAAUAGAAGGAAUCAGCUUGGGAAUAGUAAGAAUGGCAGCGAGGAGGAAUCUUACCCCUUGAAGUCACUCUGGGGAUGUUGAAAUCAGAACAAAGGUACUUUGAGGGAUCAGGGUUCGCUCGUUCUAUGAAGUGUUAGAGCAGCGCUUUCCAAACACUCUCGCAACACUUUUGUGUGUUGGCUGCAGUAUGUAGGUGUGUCAUGGGAACAUAACAAGAAAUGACAAAAAUCCUGGUAAUGUGUGUUUACUUACAAAUCAUAUAUUUUUUCAAAAUAUAAAUGAAAUGUUUUCAUGAGAUACGUUGUGUCAUCAUACAUUUCAUUAUUAGAGUAUAUGUAUGUGUCUGUAUCUCUUUAAGGGGUUUGGUUUAACCUCUGAUUUGCUAGUAAAUCUGAAGUUCUGUGUUGCUAAAUGAUGCAAGUCUAAAAAGUGUGCCACCAACAUGAAAUGUUUGGAAAACUGUGUGUUAGAGGCUGUAAGUGCCAGUCUUGUCCUGUCUGGUCUGAAUUGUUUAAAGGAGUUCUGUAUUUUGUUUUCAAGAAUGAAAAUAACCAAAUUAGAAUUUGCACAUGUUGGCCUAAAA